AUGGGAUAUCUCAACCAGAACUACCCAAAGAGAGGGAUCACUUGUUUCAAGUUCCAGCAGACAGGUCAUUUUGUAAAGGACUGUCCUAAGCCGCGAUUGAUGAGUCAACCUCAAGGGACGUCCAAAAAUGCCAGAGUGCAGCAAAGAAGGGUGUUUCACCUAACGCGACAAGAUACGAUAGAAGACCCAGCCGUAAUUGAAGGUACCAUGUUAUUAUCUGGUAUUCCCAUGCAUGUUUUGAUAGAUUCAAGGGCAAGUCACUCAUUCAUUUCACAUGCAUUUGCUGAAAUAUUAAAAGAAAAACCAGAAAACUUGAAUUGUCGUAUGAUUGUGGCAACCCCAAUUGGGAAGUCUCUAGAAACUUCUUCAGGAUACAAAGAUAGGAAGAUUCAGAUAGGAGAAGUUGAGUUCCUAGUGGAUCUAAUCCUUCUGGAAUUCCAAGAUUUUGAUGUGAUUUUAGGAAUAGACUUCCUAGCCAAGUACAACGCUACAUUGGACUGUAAAGCUAAAACAGUCUAUCUCAAGAGCGGAGACUCGAACAUCAAGUUUCGAGGGCAAAAGAGAGCAAGUGAUCGGAAGUGGAUCUCGGCUCUAAAGGCUAAGAAACUAUUACGUCAAGGAGCACAAGGAUACUUGACUUGUGUCCAUGGGAGAAGCGAGGAGCCAUUAAAGGUCGAAGAAGUGCGAAUCGUUAGAGAGUUCGGGGAUGUGUUUCCCGAAGAAUUGCCUGGAUUGCCACCCCAGCGAGAGAUCGAGUUUUCGAUAGAAAUCGUACUAGGGGGCAGGUCUAGUUUCAAUACCCCCGUAUAA